AUGUACUUCAAGUGGGGGAAACGUGUGGAGCUGAGGACUUCAGGCUUACGGAGUGGGCAAUGGGAGCCACAGAAGGUGCUUGAGCAGGUUGUGGACUGCGGCCACCUGCAAAAGUCAGACCUGGAGGCCAAUGCGGAGGCCCUGACCCAGGAGAUCGACUUCCUACAGCAGCUGUCUAAAGAGGUGAGGGUCCUCCACGCCCACAUCUCAGGCACCUCAGUCAUAGUCAAGGUGGACAACAGCCGGGACCUGAACAUGGACUGCAUUGUCGCCGAGAUCAAGGCUCAGUACGAUGACAUGGCCAGCCGUAGCUGGGCUGAGGCUGAGUCCUGGUAUUCCCCCCAGUGCGAGGAGAUCAAGGCCACGGUGAUCCAGCCUGGGGAGACCCUGCGCUACACCAAGGAGGAGAUCAACGAGCAGGGGGAUUUAAGUCAGACACCUGGCCAAAGUGUGGGAGAAAAAGCAACAUCAAACUUCAGGCAAAACUCCAAGCUGGAGGCUGCCGUGCCCGAGGCGGAGCAGCAGGGUGAGGCGGCCCUUAAUGAUGCCCGCUGCAAGCUGGCCGGGCUGGAGGAGGCCCUGCAGAAGGCCAAGCAGGACAUGGCCUGCCUGCUCAAGGAGUACCAGGAGGUGAUGAACUCCAAGCUGGCCUGGACAUCGAGAUCGCCACCUACAGGCGCCUGCUGGAGGGCGAGGGGCAGGGGUUGUUUAAGGGCAUUGGUGCUGUAA